CCCAUACACACUAUUACGUGACUUUUACGUAUCUAUCUACCCACGUAGUCCGACACUGUUUUCUGAUACCUGGAGAGCUGGCGAGAUAUCUUAAGAUAUCCUUUAGUAGCUUUUCGGAACCAAUGGUUAUUGAUAGAUAUCAGGCAAACAACACCUCUAAACCCUCGAGCGGCAUCCUUUACCAAUAACCUUUACUGGACUUGACUGCAACUCUAUGUUUGUUAAGCAGAUGCCAACCCUCACGCCCGGAAACGAGGCGAAAUUAGUCCCACAGUACGGUGGUAGUUUUGCCGGGUACACGACCUUCUUAUUAAUCAUUCCCGAGCUGAAUACCAGUAUUAUCGUCCUGGUUAACUCCAUUAGACUCGGCGACCCAGCGGGCUGGAUCCACCAGCUCGUCCUCGAGGCCAUUAUCGAGACCAAGAAGCCUAACGACUAUGUCGCUCUCGCCGAGGAAGCCACACUCUUAUACGCUAGUAGCAUCGCCGAGAUCCCUACUAAUUUGUAGAAGGCGCGUAAAGAUAUUCCACUAUAGCGCCCUCU